GCCUUGGCCGGGGUGGGGAGGGACGGCGCAGGCGCGCGAAGGGGUCCGCUUCCGGCCGCCCCUGGAGCCCCUCCCGGCGGGGCUCCGAGCUCCCUGCGCCGCCUCCAGCUCCCCUCCUGCCUCUUUAUGCCCCCGCCCCCUACCCAGUGCCCGAGCGGGGUGAGGAGGGGGGAAGGCUCCUCUUCCCCUCGGGCUCUGGGUUCAAUGUCCCUCUUGUCCCCUGAUGGCGCUUUUCAGAGGAAAACUCCCAGGCUGUUAGCAGCAAAAUGGAAAAAACUGCAGAGAAAUGCAAGCUAGGACCUCUCUCUGCCCGUCAGUUUGGCGGGGUUGACCGGAAAGGAGAGUGACAACGGCAGAGCGACGCCCGCGCUACUCCGGGAAGGGUGGGCAGUGAGGGGAAGAAGAGAAGGCAAAUAUCCUUGGAUUGAAAAAAAAAAUUUAUGAAAACUUUCCAACAUCUUUGGCCUGUGUGACCUGGACAUUGAUCCUCAUACAGUAUCGUUGUUGAGGUAUGUAAUGAUCUCCUGGUUCUGCUCAUUUCACUCAGCAUCAGUUCAUAGCCACCAUGACAGUCCCUCGCCUUUUCCCUUGGCCUCCUGUUUGGCGUUUGAGGCUCUUUAUGGGAUGGCGGAUGAAUGGCCACAAGCCAGCGCUGGUGGGAACGGCCGGGCCCCCCACCCUUUGGGCGAGGAAGGUCGAGAAAGCCUGUGGAGCCGGCGGCUUUGGAGUCUUCCAGCGGCGGGAUUUCCGCGUGACCCCGGCCAGCGCCCAGGAGGUGAUGCUGACCCGCGACCGCUACGCCGUCCAGAGGCUGCCCUUCGCGGAGGUGUCCGAGCAGGACCUCGCCUUCUUUGAGCGCGUUCUUCCUGGCAGAGUCAGCACCGAUCCUCAUGAGCUGCAGGCCGUGAACGUGGACUGGCUCAAAAUGGUCCGAGGUUGCAGUAAGGUGCUGCUGAAGCCCAAGACAACAUCGGAGGUCUCCCAGAUACUCAGAUACUGCAACCAGAGGAACCUGGCGGUCAACCCUCAGGGGGGGAACACCGGGAUGGUGGGGGGCAGCGUGCCUGUCUUUGACGAGAUUGUGCUCUCCACGGCCCUCAUGAAUCAAGUCCUCAGCUUCAACACCGUGUCUGGGAUUCUGGUCUGCCAGGCGGGCUGUGUCCUGGAGCAGCUGAGCCAGUACGUGGAGGAGCGGGACUUCAUCAUGCCCCUGGAUCUGGGGGCCAAGGGCAGCUGCCACAUCGGGGGGAACGUGGCCACCAACGCGGGCGGCCUCAGGCUCCUGAGAUACGGCUCUCUGCGAGGGACCGUCCUGGGCCUGGAAGUGGUGCUGGCCGACGGCCUCGUCCUGGACUGCCUGACGUCCCUGCGGAAGGACAACACUGGCUAUGACCUCAAGCAGCUCUUCAUAGGCUCCGAGGGCACCCUGGGCAUAAUCACGGCUGUCUCCAUUCUGUGCCCCCAGAAGCCCAAGGCGGUGAAUGUGGCGUUCCUAGGUUGUCCGGGUUUCUCCGAAGUUCUGCAGACCUUCAGCACCUGCAAGGGGAUGCUGGGGGAGAUUCUGUCCGCCUUUGAGUUCAUGGACGACAAGUGCAUGCAGCUGGUCGAGAGCCACCUCCGGCUGUCCAGCCCGGUCAGAGAAAAUCCCUUCUAUGUUCUCAUUGAGACUUCGGGCUCUGACGCCGGGCACGACGAGGAAAAACUGAAUAACUUUCUGGAGCGGGUCAUGGACUCCGGCCUGGUAACGGACGGCACCGUGGCCACGGACAACACGAAAAUAAAGAUGCUGUGGGCCCUGAGGGAGAGGAUCACAGAGGCCCUGAGCUGCGACGGCUACGUCUACAAAUACGACAUCUCGCUCCCCGUGGAGAAGCUGUACGACCUCGUGCUCGACAUCCGGAGCCGCCUGGGCCAGAGCGCCAAGAGCGUGGUGGGCUACGGACACCUCGGAGACGGCAACCUGCACUUGAACGUGACGGCCGCGUCCUACAGCGCCGCGCUCCUGGCGGCCAUCGAGCCCUACGUGUACGAGUGGACGGCGCGGCACCGCGGCAGCGUGAGCGCCGAGCACGGCCUGGGCUUCAAGAAGAAGGACUUCAUCAGCUACAGCAAGCCCCCCGCCGCCGUCCUGCUCAUGCGGCGCCUCAAGGGCAUGCUGGACCCCAAGGGCAUCCUGAACCCCUACAAGACGCUGCCCGCGGGCUCCCCGUGAUGCCGGCGCCCUGGGGACCGCCGCCUCCAUCCGGGACCUCCCGGUGAUGCCGGCGCCCUGGGGACCGCCCCCUCCAUCCGGGACCUCCCCGUGAUGCCGGCGCCCUGGGGACCGCCGCCGCCUCCAUCCGGGACCUCCCCGUGAUGCCGGCGCCCUGGGGACCGCCCCCUCCAUCCGGGACCUCCCCGUGAUGCCGGCGCCCUGGGGACCGCCGCCUCCAUCCGGGACCUCCCCGUGAUGCCGGCGCCCUGGGGACCGCCGCCUCUAUCCGGGACCUCCCGACGGCUCCUCCUGGGUUUGCUUCUGCUGAGGCCGAUGGGAUUCAGUGACUUGCCCCGGGCCACAGCUGGGAAGUGUCGGGGGCUGGAUCAGAACUCGGGGCUCCCGCCCCCGACCGGCUCUCCCCACUGUCGGGCCCCUCCCCCCGCGGCGGUUUAACCAGCAGCUCGGGAGCCCGUGGGCUGGCUCGGUGGCCCCGCCUCUCGCUGCGGCCCCUCCCAGUUUGGCUCCGGGGCCUGCGGGGUGGGAGGAGCCUGGAUCGGAGCCCCAGGGUUCGGAUCUGGGCUCGGGCGCUCCCCGCCCGGGGCUCUUGGAGCUCUCGUUACCUCGCUAGGACCUCAGUUUUCUCACCCACAGGACGCAGGGGGUCGGGCUGCGCCGUCUCCCGGCCCCUGGCUCUGCUUCUGUAGGGUCACAGAGGGGACCCCCGGAAGGGGGACAAGGAGCCCCAGACCUGCACAACGGCCUCCGCGGGGCCCCGAGUCGCCCUUUCAGUGCCCGAGCGUCCUUUGGUGGUUGGGAGGUGGUGGUCAUAAAGCCCCCGGGGGCGGCUGCAGGGCCCAGAGUCAGGGUCGCCCGUCUUCCCGACUUCAAAUCCUACUGGCUGUGGUUGCAGGGGCUUCCUGAGCCCGGCGCCCCCUAGCGCCCGCGGGCCUGCACCCUGUCCCGAGCCCGGAAACGGGGCGUCCCCGUCACUGUUGGGUGACCCUGAGGGAGGGACUGGUGGAUGAAUGAAGCGUGACAGCGAAUAAAUGGCGUUUUACAGAAAGAGGAGCAGUCGCAGUUCCGAUCCCAACCGCGCCCCUGACACGUGACAGGCCUUAUUUAAAACAACUUAAUUUUAAACAUUUUAUUAAAGCUCUUUAUAGAACA